ACUGCUGGAUGGACAGACACAGUGAUCACGACAAGCAGGCUUUGAAAAAGCCUUUCCUCGCUGACUGCAGACCUGUGAAGAGAAGCGAGUCUGCACUAACCUCACAGAGGCUUGGCAAGAGUAGAGAAGAUGGCCGGAGAGGAGAAUGGCCAGUUGGGGGACCGGGGGGCCUCACUGGGCAGAGCUGUGGAGAGGAAGAGGUACACCCCGGUGCUUUUAGAAGAGCAGGAGAAGGAGGCGGAAGACCUCAGGUCUGUACUGACCAGGAAACUCAAAAAGAAAUGCCUUUGCAGCCCGAGCCGAGCCAAAGAGCUGGUGCUGGGGUUCUUCCCCAUUCUUAGCUGGUUGCCCCAAUACAGGCCUAAGGAGUGGCUCUUGGGGGACGUGAUGUCCGGCUUGAUCGUGGCUAUCCUCCUGGUGCCCCAGUCCAUCGCUUACUCCCUCCUGGCUGGCCAGGAACCUGUCUACGGCCUCUACACCUCCUUCUUCUCCUGCAUCAUCUAUGCGGUGCUGGCCUCCUCACGCCAUGUCUCUGUUGGGAUAUUCGGCGUGCUUUGUCUGCUGGUGGGCCAGGUGGUGGACAGGGAACUGCUAGCAGCCGGCUACACCUCUGAAGGGGGUAGAAACCAGACCGGGAUGACUGGAGCAGGGAACCUCACUGCAGGGAUGACCUGCGACCAGAGCUGCUAUGCCGUAGCUGUGGCAACCAUGCUCACCUUCAUGGCAGGGUUGUAUCAAGUGCUGAUGGGGAUUUUCCAGGUGGGUUUUGUCUCGGUGUACCUGUCCGACUCCCUCCUGAGUGGUUUUGCCACGGGGGCCUCCCUCACCAUCCUCACCUCCCAGAUGAGGCACCUUCUGGGGCUCAAGCUGCCGCGGGUGCAGGGCCUGGGCUCCCUGGUGAAAACCUGGGUCAGCCUCUUCCAGAACCUAAAGGACACCAACCUGUGCGACCUCGUCACCAGCCUGCUGUGCUUGCUGGUGCUGGUGCCCACCAAGGAGUUGAACAACCGCUACAAGGCCAAGCUCAAGGCACCAAUCCCCAUGGAGCUGCUGGUGGUCAUCGUGGCCACCCUGGCCUCCCACUAUGGCCGCUUUGAGGAGCGGUUCCACUCCGGCGUGGCGGGCAACAUCUCCACAGGGUUCCAGCCCCCACAGAUGCCCGACUGGUCCCUGAUCCCCAACGUGGCCCUCGACGCCUUCUCCAUCGCAAUUAUCGGCUUUGCCAUCACCGUCUCCCUCUCUGAGAUGUUCGCCAAGAAGCACGGCUACACCGUGGACGCCAACCAGGAGAUGUACGCCAUCGGCUUCUGCAACAUCCUGCCUUCCUUUUUCCGCUGCUUCACCACCAGCGCCGCGCUCACCAAGACAUUAGUCAAGGAUUCCACUGGCUGCAACACACAGCUCUCCAGCUUGGUCACCGCCCUGGUGCUGCUGCUGGUGCUGCUGGUCAUCGCCCCCCUCUUCUACUCCCUGCAGAAGUGUGUGCUGGGUGUCAUCAUCAUCGUGAACCUGAGGGGGGCGCUGCGCAAGUUCGGUGAGAUUCCCCAGAUGUGGCGGGUGAACCGUGUGGACGCAGCCAUCUGGCUGGUCACCAUGGCAACCUCAGCCCUGGCCAACACAGAGCUGGGCCUGCUGGUGGGCGUGGUGUUCUCUGCGUUCUGCGUAAUAGCUCGCACUCAAAGGGCUCGGGCAGCUGAGCUGGGCCAGGCAGGCGAAACCGGUCUCUACGAAGACCUGAGCGUCUACAGAGGCCUGCAAGCCCACGCCGGCUUCAUCGUCUUCCGCUUCGAGGCUCCCGUCUACUACGCCAACCAAUCCCUGUUCAAGAAAGCGCUUUACCGCUGCUCAGGGCUGGACCCUGCCAAGGAGGCAGCCCUGCGGAAAAAAGAGCAGCAGCAGCAGAAAAAGAAGGAGAAGGACAACAAAAAAGAGAAAGAGGCUGGGCUAGAGGGCAAGGGAGAGGCUAGUCCAGACAGCGCAGUGGCCACAGUGGCUCAGGUUAUUGUGCCAGAGAAGUGCAGUUUUCACACAUUGGUCGUCGACUGCAGUCCAGUGCUGUUUCUGGACACGGCCGGCGUGAAUGCUUUGAAGGAGAUUUACAGAGACUAUAAAGAGCUGGGAGUUGAGGUGCUGCUGGCCCAGUGCAAUCCCUCAGUACUGGACUCGCUUCGCAGGGGGGGCUAUCUGCAGCAGGGCAGCGAUGAUGCACGGCUGGUGUUUUGUACCAUCAGUGAUGCCAUAGGAUCCACUCAGAGUUACUGCACUUAGAAUGGAGGCUGUGAUAUAGACUCCCACUGCUGAACAUGAUACUAGUAACAUUCAGACAUCCAUAAAAUACAAAAUAUAUACAGUAGAGAGAUAGCUGUUCUGCAAUAUGGAGUGCCUUAUAAAGCUGUGUAUUUCAGAGUUUAAAGAUGUACUGUCACAGUGAGUCAGUAUAUCUUUAGUUAUUUGGCUCUGGGUAAUCAAAAAGCCAGUGGGUAUGUGCUUUGUAAAAAUGAAUCAAGUGCUUUGUAAAGGUCUGAGAUUUUUUUGCAGGGAAUAAUAUACUUAUGUUAAUCCCUCCAGUUCUUCAAAGUAAUAGAAUUAUAUCAUUGUUAAAUUUCCUUAUAUAUAGAGCAUGCACAUAGAGUAAUGUGUGGGUCACAAUCUAUCAUCACACAGUACCAGGUCUCAAGUUGCGCUUUUGUAUUACCAGCCCUAACCCAUCGAGAGACGUGUAUUGUCGUAUGCGAAUAUUUUCUGACCCCUAUGUUAUUUUAUAUAUUCUGUUACAAUGGCGGUUUGUUUAAAUUAAGCUGUUGAGCAGGGAAUGACGUGAUGUAGGAACAUGUACAUUAUAGGAAUAAAGUUUUUUCAGGUACCUGCGCAUGUACAUGAAGAUUACAAGAACAUGUUGUUUUCAGUAUAGCAUUCUGUUACCAUAGCAAGUGUUUUGGUGUAUGAAAUGUGAAAUUACUGCAUGCUGCACCAAAGCAGAACAAGUUCUGAAAUACAUAUUACAAGAAGUUAUUACAAGUCCAGGACUUGACUUGUUAAAUGAGUAAUUCUAUGCUAUAGUGGGUCAAAAAAAAACAAGUACAAAAUGUCUGUUCAGAACUUUAAAAACAAUUAAAGAUUAUGGUAAACACGAAGUGGACAGUGGAUUGAAACAACUCAUUCACACAGUCACAUCAGCUCUGCUGCUGACCUGCAGACACUAGAGCCCCUGUAAAGACCUGGAAAAACUUGACUUGUGAAGACCAGAGUCUGUCUUGAAGCAGUUCUUUCCUUUCCUUGCCAGUUUAUUUUUAUACAGAAACACUGCCCUCUUGUGGGAUAGAUUGUAAAAAAAAACAGUUAUCUCUGAGUGUCUCAACAUGAUCAUGGUAAUAUUAAAAGGUAACAAACUUGAAGGUUUGUUGAAAUAAAGAAGAUGCGGUUCAUAUCAAGCAAGGGGCCCCCAGCAUCACAUCAUUUCUUAAGUUUCUACACUAGAUACAGGGAGAAUCAAUAAAUGUAAACCUCAAUGCUUCUCAAGGAGACAGUGACAAAUGUAUUUGUACUCCGUAUUAAGACUAGCUGUUUUGUAUAUCUUCGCUGGCUUUUAUCAUGUAUUCUGAUCAGGUAUUCUGAUUUGUAAUAAAUUGAUCUAUUUUAUCAUG